ACCACGCGAUUGCCCAGGCAACAGUGAAAACACAGCAGUCAAGCGCAUUUCAAGUCAGAUAAAGACAAAUUGCAACACUUCUCGCCACCGGCAAGCCAUCGAAAUCGACUUUUCCUUCUCGCAUGCAACUGCGUCAGACACGAGCAUCCGCCACGGAGAACAGAGAUAAUCGCGACCCGAGGAACAGUAAGCCAGCCUCUUCAAAACUCGAGAAACAAUACUGAAAUCCUUGCCACUGUAGAAGCGCCUAUUUCAUACCCAAUGGAGCCUUCAAUCCUAGCAGGCUCUGCUCCAUAUCCUCUGGAGCCAACCAUCCCAGCCGGUCCUUCUUCGCAGCGAACCCCCCCAACUCGUCCUUACCAAAAUGUCAGCAUAGAAAAGGACCCCUACGCUUUCCUCACGCACUUCGACACUGCAUUCCUAAUCGACGACUCGGCCUCGAUGGAGCCCUACUGGGAUGAAGUCGAAUCCCUGCUGGUCUCCAUCUCGUCCAUCUGCAUCGGCCACGACCCCAACGGCAUCGACAUAUACUUCCUGCACCACCGCCCCCGCGGCUAUAUCCCGCUCAUUUCGUCCACCGCCGAUUCUGGGUACCGCAACAUCGGCCUCGUCGAAGGAAUCCCCGACUUCCACGACAAUGUUGAGGGCAUCUUCCGCGACGUGAAGCCCCACGGGCGCUGCAAGCUAGGCGACCGUCUGGACAGUCUACUGAGUGCCAUUGUGUUCAAUGUAGACCAGCACCGCCGCCGCACGAGGGGAAUAUUCCCGCGCCCGCUCAAUCUCAUAGUCAUUACGGCUAGUAUCUUACAUGGCAGGAGCCUUGGGUUGGGACCCGCGGUGGUUAACGCGGCGAGGAGGCUGGAUAAGAUGGAGGCGCCCAGACAUCAGAUUGGAGUGCAGCUUUUCCAGGUGGGGAAGAAUGUGAAUGCGCGGAAGACGAUGGAGUUUGUGGAUGAGCAGUUGUAUAAGGAGAGAGGAGUCCGAGAUAUUGCGGAUACCAUGACUUGGGAGGGGGAGCCGGGAAGGUUGACGGCCGAGGGGGUGUUGAAGGUGGUCGGGGGUGCUGUAAGUAGAGCUCUAGAUAAAAAUAUGUUUUGACAGACGCAAAGCAGUGCUAGUGCUCGAGUACAUGCCU